CAGGGGUAUGGAUGUUAAUUCAGCAGCCCGAAUCGCAGAGCUGUCCGAAGAAGAACUGAAAAAAGUGCUGAAGAGCAAUGAAUUUGGAGAUACGAGUUCUACCAAAAUGAAGCUACUCAACCAAAUAAAAAUCGGAAGGGAAGAUGUUGGUCCCAAGAGCGGCAGCUUGCAGAAUCAACGUGAGGAAAAGGUGGCUUUAAAAACUGGACAUUCGGCCAAUUCACAUGUUGUUGACGACCCAGUGAAUUGUAAAGCAGCAUUGCCCAAUCAAAAUGCGGGAGAAGUGAAAAUGGAACCCGGAAAGAUGAGCUUGGAGACCGGACUUGAUGUUUUCGAAGAAGCAAGCGAUGAUCCUUUUGCCGAACCAACUGGUGCACUUUCAUUGGACAGCAAAAAUGAUCUGCUCGAGUUCGAGGUGGAGGUUGAGCAAGACGUCUUAGAGUUGGACUUUGGAGGAUCACUUGACCCCGAAAAGCAGGAAAGCGUCGACGUGCACACAACUGGGCAAAAUGGAUCAACGACCACUGCAACAGAUCAGAAAGCGGAAAAAGAUCCCCAGAAGGAGAAAACUGGGGAUACAAAGGAGAAGAAAUGUUUAUGGAUAUCCAACCUUGCUACAGAGACCCGGACAGCCGAUCUUAAAACGAUAUUUGGAAAUUUUGGAAAAGUUUUGAAUGCUAAAGUUAUAUCAAGUAGCAGUAAAGACGGGAAUAGAUUUUAUGGUUUUAUUACCAUGCAAAAUUGUGAGGAAGCUCAAGCAUGCAUUGAUAAUUUGGCUGGUUCUGAAAUUCAUGGUAAAGUAAUUUCUAUUGAAAAUGUAGCUGAACAACCGAAGCGAAGAUCUGAUAAAACUGAGUCUAAACCUAAGAGUACUGAUAAAAUAAGUACUGACAAGCCAUCUGAUUCAUUUAGUAGUAAAAUUAUACAGGAACACGGCUCCAGGGAUAAGGGCAAAGAAUCUCGAUCGGAUAAAGAGAAACGAUCAACUUCUAGGGGUGACAGUCAUAGUCAUCGUGUUGGAGCCGAUGAUGCCAGAAGGAAACUGGAGCAAUUGGGCAAGAUGAGAGGCGAUGAGAGAAAAAGAUCACAAGGACGAACUGAACGGACUAGCAGGGAAUCUUCGAGGGGACAUCAGAGACCACCUGUUGUGAGGCGGACACCGCCACCUCCAUCACGAACUAUCAUAAUUCAACCAAAGCGGGACUCCUCGCAUUAUCAAUCUCGUCCAAGGGAGAGCCACAGGGUGUCACCUCGAAGGCGAAGUAGAAGCAGGAGUAGACGACGCGGAGAAGGAAUCGAACUGAGGAAUAUGCUUGACAAUAGAAACCCGUCACGAGAUGACCGCGAGCGCGAUCGGCUCAUAAGAGAACGCGAGGAGCAAAUGCUGCUACGUGAACGAGAGGAGAGGAGACUCGAAGAAGAAAGACACAAAUUGAUCAAAGAGAAGCUUGAGCGAGAGAAGAUUGUGAAAGAACGUCUGGAGCUGCAGCGCCAGAUGCUGUUAUUGGAGAAAGAGCGUCAGAUAGCCGAGCAGAAACUUCUCAAAGAGGCCGAGGAGCUGAAGCGGUUAACUCGAGCUCCAAGAGGACACCAAGUUGCAUCAUCAAGUCGAAAUGAUGACAGGAGGCGCCGCCAAUCAACUGAGAGGGAUAGAUCUCCAGAUAAGUCAAAAAGAGACUCAAAGUAUUCGCGAGUUGAGUCGAGUAGAAAUCGAGAUAGAGACGAACGUGAUAGUCGAACUAAUGGUCAUCGAGGGGAACCAUCUAAAGAUCGAAGAGUGAGGGCUCCGAGUCCGCGACGAGAAAAGACCCCUCCGAGAAAGAUGGCUAUAAAAAGAGUCCUCACUCCACCUCCCAGAGAUACCGAUGAACGGUACCGCAGCGGCGAUAAAGUCAGAGAAAGAUCCCCGGGACUUAGUUAUGGUUCAGUGCAGCGAUCGGUUGCAGAUGCGCAUUUGGCGGCAGCAAUGUCGCGAGAUCACAUGACUCGGGUUCAGCAGCCUAUGCUAGGAGGAAGAGACUUCGAUCUACGACAAACUGCCACAACUGUGCAAGAGUCGAGAACACGGAUGGUGCAUGCUGAGGAUAGACCCAGGCCAUCAAUUCAGACUGCUGCAAACGCCAUUAACCAGGCACUUGUCUUGCCACCAACUGGAUUGGGUUUAUUGGACCCCCGUCAGUUCUACCAGAAUCCAAACCCAGUUCCGCAUGUGGAAUUUAACCAUGUCCAGGCAUUCCCAGAUCUUUCCUAUGGUUCAUCUCAUCGCUCCUCAUCGAGAAACGCACCCAUGCGAUGAACUGUGCUGGUUCAUUUUAGCAGUUUAAAACAUUGUCGUUGUUUUCUAUUCACAGAUGUAUUGUUAUAUAGCAGUUAAGAUGACUUCCUCCUCCUUUCGUUUUGGCGUUGAAUGGCGACGUAUAAUUUUUGAAUAUAAUUAAUGUUAAUGGAA